UUUGGCUUUGUAGAGGAGCUGGUGCCAGUGUUUUCGUGUGCUGCGCUGUGAGUGCUGCUGCAGAGUGCUGUGAGGGGGCCAUGGGCGACCUGGGAAGCCACGACAUGGGUAUAAAACAUGUGGCUGCUGUCAAUAAAACAAUCAGAGCUUCCUCUCCUUGCUGUGGCCACUCUAACCAGAGACUGGCUUCAUUCCUCAUGGCUUUAUCAGAUGACCAUUUCCUGGAUGCAGUGACCUAUAAUGAUGUGCAUGUUGACUUCACCUGGGAAGAGUGGUCUUUGCUGGAUCCUUCCCAGAAGAAUCUAUACAAAGAUGUGAUGCUGGAGACCUAUAUCAACCUCACCACUAUAGGCUACAAAUGGGAAGAUCACAAUAUUGAAGAACAUUGUCAAAGUUCUCGAAGACAUGGAAGGCAUGAAAGAAGUUAUACGGGAGAGAAACCCUCUGAAUAUACUCAAUAUGUUGAAGCCUUUGCCUGUCAAAGUCAUCUUCAAAGUCAUAAAAGAAUUCAUACUGGAGAGAAACCCUAUGAAGAUAUUCAAUAUGAUGAAGCCUUUGCAUGUCAUAGUCGUCUCCAAAUACAUAAAGGAACACAUACUGGAGAGAAAUCCAAUGAAUGUAAUCAGUGCAUUAAAGGAUUUGCAUGUCACAGUCAUCUUCAAAUACAUAAAAAAACACAUACUGGAGAGAAACCCUAUGAAUGCAACCAGUGUGGUAAAGCCUUUGCACGUCAAAGUUGUCUCCAAAUACAUAAAAGAAUACAUACUGGAGAGAAACCCUAUGAAUGUACUCAAUGUGGUAAAACCUUUGCACAUCCAAGUAAUCUCCAAGUACAUAAAAGAACACAUACUGGAGACAAACCCUAUGAAUGUAAUGAAUGUGGUAAAGCCUUUAUAUGUCAAAGCCGUCUCCGAAUCCAUAAAAGAACACAUACAGGAGAGAAACCGUAUGAAUGUAAUCAAUGUGGUAAAGCAUUUGCAUGUCAUAGUUAUCUUCAAAUCCAUAAAAGAACACAUACUGGAGUGAAACCCUAUGAAUGUAAUCAGUGUGGUAAAGGUUUUACAUCUCCCAGUUAUCUUCAUAUUCAUGAAAGAACACAUACUGGAGAGAAACCUUAUGAAUGUAAUCAAUGUGGUAAAGGCUUUACAUGUCACAGUCAACUUCAAAAUCAUGAAAGAACACAUACUGGAGAAAAGCCCUAUGAAUGUAAUCAAUGUGGUAAAGCCUUUGCGUCUCAAAGUAAUCUCCAAAUACAUAAAAGAACACAUACUGGAGAGAAACCCUAUGAAUGUAAUCAAUGUGGUAAAGCUUUUGCACUUCAGAGUCAUUAUCGAAGUCAUGAAAGGACACAUACUGGGGAAAAACCCUAUGAAUGUAAUCAGUGUGGUAAAGCCUUUGCACAUCAGUUUCAUUAUCGAAGGCAUGAAAGAACACAUACUGGAGAGAAACCUUAUGAAUGUAAUCAUUGUGGUAAAGCUUUUGCACGUCAGUGUAGUCUCCAAAUACAUAAAAGAACACAUACUGGAGAGAAACCCUAUGAAUGUAAUCAAUGUGGUAAAGCCUUUGCAUGUCACUAUAAUCUCCAAGUACAUCAAAGAACACAUACUGGAGAGAAACCCUAUGAAUGUAAUCAAUGUGGUAAAGCCUUCACUUGCCAAAGUAGUCUCCAAAUACAUAAAAGAAUACAUACUAGAGAGAAACCCUAUGAAUGUAGUCAAUGUGGUAAAGCUUUUUCACAACACAGUAGUCUUAAAAUACAUAAAAGAACACAUACUGGAGAUAAAUCCAACAUAUGUAAUCAAUGUGAUAAAGCUUUUGUAUCAGAACCCUUUGAAAACAUAAGAAAAAAAUCAUGCUGCAGAGAAACCACUUAAAUAUAAUCAGUGUUGCAAAGUUUUGCAAGUCAUGGUAGUCUAUAUACAAGAGUAAAAAUUUAGUGUGUAAUUUGUCUGUUAAAACCCCUGAACAUAAAAUUAGACUUUAGGAUUCUGACAAAACUCAUACUGAAGGUACUCUGAAUAUAAGUGAUUUGGUAAGAUCUUUAGCCAAUGCAUUUACAUUCAGUUAUACAAGAUUAUUUAUUCCGGAGAAAAAAACUGACAAUAUAAACAAUCUGUUCAAGCAUUAUGAUAUUCCUCUUUAUUUUGUUUACACAUGAAGACUCACAUGGACAAAAGGCCUAUGAGUUUAAAUAAUAAGAUAACCCUUUUAGAUUUUGUAUUUCUCUUUAAUUACAUGAGAUAAUGAAUCCAGGUAUAAAACUUAAUGGAUGUGUAUUGGUGCCUUUUCUGUUGCUGUGAUAAAACUUCGUGUCUAAGUGAACUUAUGAAGUUUUAAUUUGGCCUUAGUUCAAGAGUGAUACAGUAUUGCUGUGAAGGUGGCAUGGAAACAAGUGUCAGACAUGACAGCUAAGAUGGGAAAGUAAGAAUUCACAUCCUUAAUUUGCAGCAUGAAGCAGAAAGUAUAAACUGAAUAUGAUGUGUAGAUAUAAACUCUUAGGUCAAUGCCCAGUGAUAAAGCAGCAUUGCCUAAAUCUUCCCUAUAAUACCACAGACUGAGAAUGAUUGAUUUCUCUGACUUCAAGCCUACAUGCUUGCUUUCUGUUACAUGAACCAAUUCAUGAUGGAGAAACACUCUGUGAGCCUUUAGGUGCCUCAACACCUAUAUGUUACAGGAAUUACAAGAGAAAACAUUCGUACAUGAAACUUAAUUUAAAGAUUUGUUUUCAUUUUAAUUUUACUAUGGCAGUGUGUCUUUGUAUGGUACUUCAUUCUGGGUCCCAAAAAGGUUAGACCUUUAGGGCUUCUUAUACCAGGAAUUAUUGGAAGUUGUCAAAAACCUAACCUUGGUGCUGGGAAUGGACUUGUAUUAAAGCCUCAUCCAUGCGUCUAGCCCUGUAAAUAUCUUAAAGUUUUUCUUUUUCACAUUGAUAUCCUUAAAUAGGGAGGAACUCAUACAAUAGAAGAGCUCUAUUCAUGUAAAUGAUUUGGUAAAAACUUUAGACAUCACAAUUGUCUUCAGUUUCAAGAAAACAAAACUUGUCUUACCUCUUUUUCAUUGUAACCUUGAAGUAAAUAAAUUAUUAACUAAGUUCAUUAAA